AUGGGGCCAGCAACUGAGGCUGCUGAGAGUGAAGUGCCGCUGCAGGAGUUGCAUGUUGAUGGCGAUGGACACCAGGAGACUGUUGGGGAGCCAGAAUCUCACCGUAACUCCAGGAAAUGUAACUGCAGGAAAAGUACAAUUAUUCUCACAGUCGCCCUCACAGCCGUGUCCUUAGGUCUCAUCGUUGCUCUUAUUCUCCUGGCAGGGCCGAGACCUAAGCUUCCCUCAGCUGAUCUGGGCCCUCCUGUUGGCCCCACAUGCCCAGAUGGCUGGAUCGGGUACCAAGGGAAAUGCUACUAUUUCUCCGAGGUCGAAGGGAACUGGAACUACAGCCAAAGCCACUGCUCUUCCCUCAGCGCCUCCCUGGCUGGGAUCGACAAUGAGCAGGACCUGGAUUUCCUGCUGCGCUAUAAAGGCAAAUCUGACCACUGGAUCGGCCUCCGGAGGGACCUGGGGCAGCCCUGGAAAUGGACCAAUGGCACCGAAUUCAACAGCCUAUUUCCAAUAGGAGGAGGAGGUGACUGCGCGUAUCUGAAUGACAAUUAUGGGGUCAGCAGCUCACAGUGCACCAGUGAGAGGUACUGGAUCUGCACCAAACCCGAUGCAUUUACACAGGCAAAGGAGGCUGCUGCAGAAGGGGACUCGUAA